AUGCUGGAGCAUAUGAAAGCCUCAGGCAUGCUCCCGGCCCACGUACAGGCUAGAGACUGCAUUCCACCUGCACCAGGAGGUAAAGGUCCCGACAAUCCCAGUGAUGGUGCUUUAGAUCAACAACAGAGUCAAGUUUGCCAAGUGGAAAACCUCAACCAUCUUGCCUCGACCGCAGCUAUUGCUAGGCCACUACCAACCCCAUCUGCAUCAUCGAUUUCGAGCAGAUAUGACUUUCCUUCAAAAUCUCCCUUACCGCAUUUUUCAAACAAUGCCAGGGUCGCAGGACGUGUGGCAUACCAAAAUCCGAGAAAUGAGGAUAUGGAAGAAGGUUACGACUUGGGAACGUCAGAGUCUAUAUCAACAAGAUAUGCUAUGCAUGCUACUUUCCCUGGUGUGGACUCGACGAUCGGCCAACAGCAGGUGCAAAAGGAAACAGAAGGUGCCACUCAGGGUGAUAUUGCUAUUGGAGGGACCUCCGGGAUGUCUCCAUGCGAAGCCCGUGUCGCUGGAGCAUUUCAUGAGCAUGGAUGUGUCUCAUUAGUGCACGGAUUGUCCAGCAUCAUGAACCCCGCGUCUAGGGCCCAGUAUAAAGAGAAUAUCUCCGACAUGGUGAGCAAGGGGAAAAUUGCCAUCGCCACCUCCAGAGCUCGACUUAUCAGCAAUGCCGCCUUGCAAAGACAACGUGAAAGUCGCAUCUUCCGCCAACCAUAUAAUUUGAUGGAUCUUGAUGGGUGUGAGCCUGAGCUAGCGAAGCAUCUGCUGGAUCUACACUUCAAUCGCCAGCAUUAUGCCUAUCUUAUCUCUUACCGCCCAGCCAUCAUGGACGGCCUCUCUAAUGGUGGAGGCCCUUGGGUUAAUAAGCUGCUUCUAAACGCUAUAUACUACUCAAGCACACUUUAUAGCGAUAGGCCAUAUCUGCGCUCUAAGCCAGAGGACCAAAGCAGCGUCGGUGCUCACUUCUACAGCCGAUUUCGACAGCUUCUGGGGGACGCUAUCGACAAGCCGAGUAUCCCCUCUGCUAUGGCUUUGCUGCUCACCAGCGCAACUCUGGUCUCCCAGGGCCAAUCAAGCGCCGGUUGGAAUCUGUCUGGCACUGCAUAUCGCAUGAUUAUUGAUAUGGGAUGUCACUUGACGCUUGGGCCAGAUCAUCAAAGCACGGUCACGUCCAGCGACCGCCACCUCCUAGCUCGAGACUUGGAACAGGAGAUGCGGACACGACUUUACUGGGGUGCUUUUGCUACCGAUGCCACACAGUCCCUAUACCUUGGACGUCCGUGCAUGUUUGCCUCCACUGAAGCCAGGGUCCCAAUGCGAUUCCUGGACACAUUUGAAGAGCUUGAGGAAUGGGAGCCGUAUAUCGAUCCGCAAUCGCCGGUCCCUCCACCUCCAGCGUACGCGUCACAGCCAGCUUAUGCUAUUUCAACGUUUACCUUUCUGGUCCGCCUAUUUCAAAUAUCCGUCCAAAUAACCGACUUAUACGGCAUACAAGCUAUGAAGUACAGCUCAGAAGAUAUAAGAAACCAGAAGAUUGCCAUCGGCAGAGAGCUGGAUAAAUGGUCGAAUUCGCUGUCAGAUCAUAUGAAGUUCGAUCCAGAUGGAUCAUUUAUCCCGCCUCCGCACCAUAUCACCCCCCUUACUACCUAUCACGCCUUGACUAUCCUUCUACAUCGGGCUUUCCUUGAGGAAGGCCAUCUCCGGCGCCACAGCGGGGAAACAGACCGCAGGCAAUGCGAGGAAGCGUGCAUAAACAGCGCUCUGGCGAUUCAAAAGCUGAUCCGUGCAUACAGAAAAGCUUUCACACUCCGCCGCGCGCCCUUCCUUCUAUCUUAUGCUGUUUACUGCGCUGUGAUUGUGAUUAUUCGUCAGGAGCGACACGAUCGCGGGCAGUUCAUAGAGCCCAUAUCGUUUUUCUGGACUUGUCUGAGCGAGCUACAGCACGGAUGUAACUUUGGGUUGAAGAAGCCUCUCAGUAUCCUCAGAGAUAUGGUUUACGAGUUCCGUGUCAGUGUCGAAGAAGGAGGAGUAAAUGGGGAUGAGAUGCCCCAGCAGACGUGCCUUGACCAAACAUUUUUCCAACUUCCGAUGAAUCCUCCAAGCAAUGAACCAUCCAUGAAUACACCAGGGAAUAUUGCAGCCCCCGACUAUCUAGGUAUGGAAUAUUUCAAUCCCGGCCUUGAGAACUUGUCGCCUGGUUUUUUAAAUUCGAUGAAUGAGUUGGAGAAUGAUAUUACCCACGAUACUUUAUACGGGCUGUUUGCACCUCCAAACAUUUAUCGGUGA